AUGUUCCAGGAUCUGCCCAGUAGGGGUAACGCCUCCGAUGAGACUGAGAAUUUGAUCAAUUUCGACCAAGAUGAUCUAGCAGUACCUGCCAAUGCCGAGAAAGACGACGGAAUGCGUCUCUUGUACCCUAACGUUCAAAAUCGAUUUCCGUUCAAGACGGCAGACAGGCUGAUGGGAGAAAUUAAAACCGAUCUGGCAUACAUCUUAGCAGAUGAGAACGCUGGAAUUGCAGACAAAGGUCUUUACAAUGGGAUUUUAAAGCUUCCUGUUCUGAAUUAUUCUUCCAAAAAACCUGAAUUGACAUUCGCUAUCGGCGACCUCUUAGAUCAGGUGUCAUUGCAAACCAGAUAUGACUACAAGUCUCUUACAUGCCCCGACUUCAAUGAAGUGAAAGUUUUCAUGGGAAUUCUGUGCAAUCAAUCUUUGAACCAGCAAGACUUUCAUGAUGUGAUAGAUACCAAAUUUUAUCACCUAAAAGUCACUGUGAAAACCCGCAAAUUGCUCGAACGAACCAGAAAGAGUUUUGGCGUGGCACGCUAUUAUCUCGUCGAACAACUUCAUCCUUUUGACGAGCCCGAUUUUUUGGAAUCUGACUCAGAUAAAGUGUUGGACUCGGCAUACUACGUGUCCAGCGAAACGAAUAAAGUAGUUGGCAUUGAGAUACUCAAGCCCGAAUUUUCAAAUGAUGAUUUAUCAAUUUUCAAAUCAGAUGUCAUUAGGGAAAGGUAUCUGACAGUUUGUGAGAGGUAUGCAGAUCUUGAUCCGCAAACGAUCCCGACACAAGCCGAAUGUUUGCAUACUCUUAUCAAAAUCUUCAAGGGUCCGCUGAAUCGAAAGAGUUCGGAGGACGUUUCAAAAACCAUUUCUGCCGAUAACAAAAUUCUAAAUUCGCAGUUGAAUCCAAACUGGCUUACCGAAAAAUACGGCUUCAAAUUACUGCAAACUCAAGAUCCAGAAAAUGGAAAUAUUGCGACUGAAUUUGAACCUCCUGAUUUGACUCAACACCAAGAAAAUUCAAACUCCAGGGCUCUUAGGUUUUCUUUUACUAGAAAAUGUCUUGAAUUGAUCUUCCUGGGCAAAUUGUCAGCCAGUCUCAUACCGAAAGAAGAUUUAAAUCGAAACGCAAAGGCCCGUGUUUUCAACUUGUAUCAAACAACUUUUUCAUCAACGACACUGCCGCGACUUCUUGGUGACAACAAAUCUGAAUUUGAUGAUCGGUAUCGUGUUUUUGAUACCAAUUACCACGUCAUUAACCUUUGCGCGAGUUUAAGCUAUGGCGACCACGAGAUUAUCAAGAACUAUGAAAUUCAGUCGUCUUUAGAUCCUAAAAAUAUCGGCGUUUAUUUCGAUGCGUUGAGUUUUAUUGCGAACACCAAGGGCAGUUAUCAAUUACUGGCGUUUUGCGGUAAACAAAACGUUGUUGGUCAGGAAUCGUUAAGUGCGGCUUUGGCGCUCUUUGAAAUUUCACCUGACGAAGUAAUCCCUGAAACGAUCUCCGAUGAUGUGCUUUUGGGACUCUACCGUAAACAGUUCAAAACUGCCUCAAGCCAACGUCGCAGUGAUUUAAAAAAUGCUUUGAGACUUUUUGCUAAAUUCAAAGACAGCCGUAAGCUCAAAUUUUAUGUCGAUCAUGAACCUUACGAACAUGCUCAAAAAGCUUAUCACUUAUUGGGGAUUGACGAGUCUGUUGACGUUGAUGUCAUAGAGACGGCCUAUACAAUAAAAAUUUCAGAUUCGCCAGGCUUAAGGCUCGAUUGUGAUAGGGCGCUGUAUACCCUCGCGGUAGCCAAAAGAAACCUCGCAUUGUUCUCUUUUCUCGACCAAGAAUGUCCAUCCUUCGAAGAGUUUUAUGGCACUCACAUUUGGAGUUACAGCGAGGCUCUAAAAUUUCUGCAUGUCAAUGAAAACGCGUCGGAUGAGGUGGUACUUGAGGUCUUUCAGAGAAUGUGGGGACUUGAGAAAAGCCCACCACCAGACCAUUUUUUGCUGAUGAGAUCAGCUCUCGACAAAAUAAGAAAAGAGAGAAACUCAAAGUUGAUACAACAUUUCCAAGAUACUGGCAUUGUCGAUGUUACAUACUUACCGGCAGGGAAGUGGCCCGCGGGUCUCAACAAUAUUGGUAACACAUGUUACCUGAAUUCUUUACUUCAAUACUACUUCUGCAUUUCAUCUUUGCGAAAGUAUGUUCUGGAAUACCACGAAACCUUUGCUGAUUACCUCCAGCGCCAGGAAAGUUGCGAUCGCCAAAGAAGGAUUGGUGGUAGGGAGGUGAGUCAACCUGAGGUCGAGCGUUCUAUCCAAUUCGUCUAUCAGCUUAGGGAGUUAUUCAAGAGCAUGGUUCAUACCGCUGAAAGAUUUGUUACCCCAAGAAGGGAGUUGGCUUAUUUGGCGUUUUCGCCUAGUAAUCUCGGCGUUGAUUUUGAAAGUCCAAUAAAGGCCGAUUCAGAGACUGAAGUUAUAGAUCUGACGGUAGAUAACGAAAACCAGGAUGUAUCCUUGCAAAACGAUCUUCUUUCGCAACCUAGCCCUGAGGUUCCUCAAGAGGCUCGACAAGAAGACAUUGAACUAGACAGAGACGAAGAUGGGAAUAUUCAUGCGUCUUCCACACGUGUGGCCAAAAUUAGUCCCGAUCAGCUCGAAAAUGCAUUGGAGUUAGGCAGACAGCAAGAUGUCACAGAGUGUAUUGGAAACGUUUUAUUUCAACUCGAAGCAUCAUCUGACCCCUGCAACCUUGAUGAGGAUGGAGAACAGCAAGACCUUAUCAAAGAGCUCUUUUUUGGCAAACUGCAACAAAACUUAGUCCCCGAUGAUAAUCCUAAAAAGAUCAGAACAAAGGUAGAAAGAUUUGUUUCAUUGCUGGUCAAUGUUGGCGAUCAUUCGAAAGAUAUCUACGGAGCCCUCGACUUGUAUUUCAAAGAUGACGUAUUACGCCUAGAAGAGGAUGGACAAGUGAAGAGAUCUGUCGUGAUUACGGAACUCCCCACGAUUCUUCAAAUUCAAAUACAGAGGGUUUAUUACGACAGAGAGAAAUUCAUGCCUUUCAAGUCAAUCGAGCCCCUACCUUUCAAUCAAAUUCUUUACAUGGAUAGAUACAUGGACAGUCAGGAUCCACUUUUCCUUAAGCAAAAGUCUGAGUAUUCACAGCUGAAAGAAGAAGCCGAAAAUUUGAAAGCACAGCAACGCCGACUGCUCUCUAGAAACGAGUCAGGCUUCACUUUCAAAAGUUCUUUGCAAGAGACUCGAAAGCUCAUUGUUUCAGAAAACCUUGAAAGAAACGGCAUUGAGAUUUCAGCGAAAACGGAUCUCCUCGACACAAUCGAUUCGACUAUAGUCCGCAUUGACAACGAACUGGCUGACAUAUACCAGCGUCUCAAUGUCCUUGAACCUAAAAUAGCGAACUGCUUUUCCGAUUUUAAGCGACAGGCCUACACGCUUUUCGCUGUAUUCAUUCAUCGUGGGGAGGCAAGCUAUGGUCACUACUGGAUUUACAUCAAGGACUUGAAACGAAAUGGCAUCUGGCGGAAAUACAACGACGAGAGUGUCACCGAAGUACCAGCAGCCGAGGUAUUCAAUUUUACCGAAGCUAACACAGCUACCCCGUACUUUUUGGUCUACGUGAAAGAAAGCAGGGCUUCGGAGGUUGAGCCAAUGAUGAGAGAACCUCAUGGGGCACCAACUUAUUGA